CGAACAGUUUAGGGUGCCCGGGGCGGAUUUCGGUGGCGAUAGAAGAAUCAAAGCAUCGUGUAUGAAGAUUAACGAUGAUGGAUAUCGAAAAACAACCGAUAUGUGAUGCUAUCGUUGCAGGAAUCAGGAAGCCAUCAACGGCGUUUCUUAUAUUUAUCUUCACAAUCGUACUCAUUGCGACCUUACAGAUUACCAACAAUAACAUUUUCCCUGUGCCGGCCGAGAGCGAUUCUCACGUCGGAUCUAGACUAGAUAGACCUAGUUGCGCUGGAUUUUACCGGGAAGGACCGGCGAUGAAGGCGGUGGUAAUGUCUAUCACCGAGUUCGGCGGCGUGGGGGACGGCAAAACUUUAAACACGGAGGCGUUUCGAAGGGCAAUGCGGCACAUGCAAGGGUUAACCUCGGUCGGUGGAGCCCAGCUUAAUAUCCCUAGAGGAAAUUGGCUUACUGGAAGCUUCAAUCUCACCAGUAAUUUCACACUUUUUCUCGAGGAAGGCGCCGUACUUCUUGGUUCUCAGGAUCCAGAGGAGUGGCCUAUUAUUGAACCGCUGCCUUCUUAUGGAAGAGGAAGGGAAAGGUUAGGAGGCAGACAUAUUAGCUUAAUCCAUGGAAAUGGCCUAACAAAUGUUGUCAUCACUGGACAAAAUGGGACAAUUGAUGGGCAAGGAAAGAUGUGGUGGGAUCUAUGGUGGAACAGAACUUUGGUUCACACAAGAGGGCAUCUGGUUGAAUUGAUAAACUCAGAAAACAUACUUAUAUCCAACUUAACCUUUCUUAAUUCACCGUUUUGGACCAUUCAUCCCGUUUAUUGCAGGAAUGUUGUGAUAAAAGACAUGACCAUUCUAGCUCCUCUAAACUCACCAAACACAGAUGGGAUAGACCCAGAUUCAAGCACGUUUGUCUGCAUUCAAGAUUGUUACAUAGAGAGUGGAGAUGAUCUUGUGGCAAUAAAAAGUGGAUGGGAUCAAUAUGGUAUUAAGAUGUCUCUCCCGAGCUCAAACAUAAUUGUGAGGAGGGUUUCAGGAACAACACCAACUUGCUCUGGGGUUGGAAUUGGGAGCGAGAUGUCGGGUGGGGUUUCGAAUAUAACUGUGGAGGAUCUUUUCGUUAGGGAUUCAGCAUCCGGGGUUAGAAUCAAGACUGAUAUAGGGAGAGGAGGGUACAUUUAUAAUGUCAGUAUUAGAAACGUGACAAUGGAGAGAGUUAAAGUACCGAUUAGGUUUAGUAGAGGUGCUAAUGAUCAUCCUGAUGAUGGAUGGGAUCGGAAGGCUGUCCCUAAAGUUAAGGGUAUUUUUAUAAGUAAUGUAAUGAGUAAGGAGUCCAAGAAGGCUCCUUUGUUAAUGGGAAUUAUGGGUGCACCAUAUGAAGGGAUUUGUUUGAGAGAUGUGGCUAUAAUGGGUUUAUCUCCAUCUGCCAGGUGGGUCUGUGAGUUUGUCCAUGGCUCGAGCGAUGGGGUUGGCCCGGGUCAGCCUUGUGUACAGUUGACACAGAAUGAGUCUUCUUCUUCUUCAUCCUGGUGCUCAAUGAAUUUCUUGAGACAUUUGUCAUAAAUGUUUGUUAAUUUUUUAUUCUAUUGAAUCUUUUGGUGGUUGAUUAUAUGGACUUGUUGUGGUUUCAUGGAUCUGCUCACAAUUUUUAGAGCUGAGCAGGUUUUUAUGAAAUUGCUCUUGAGUUGAAUUCUUCCUAUUUUUUCUUGAAUUACAUAGGAAAUAUUGAAGUUGGUUUU